CCAAGACGCCUUUUACGGAGUUGAGCGGUAUCAUCUCCUUUUGUUCUAUUAACUCUCAAUUAAAGUAACCCAUGAUAGAAUUAUCUCAUUACCAACUUAAUUCAACCAUCUAAAACAAAACAAAACAAAACAAGCUAUUCAAUAUAGUAUCACACCUCUAAUCAAAUCGCGGCAGCACAGCCUCUUCAAUUAUUUGUUUAUUUGGUAACUAUGACUACAGAUACGUCGUCUCAACUACCACAGUCAAAAGACAGUGAGCUCUCAUUCCGCUUGUUAAGCUAUCUCAGCAACAUCAUUUAUAUAUAUAUAUUGCUAACAAGCCAUGUCUUCGUCUAAACUAUCAAAAAUCACGCGACAACACGAACGAACCUGGAGUCAGCUACACAAACGCCUGAUUGACUUGGAUUUUAACUUCAGUGGUGUUUUCAAAGAAAAUGUCUGGGAGUACUUAAGUAACACUGCCACGUCCACAAGCACAAGUAUUGGCUACUUGAUUCCUUGCAUACUUGCAAGCACGGCAUUCAUAGCAAGCAAGAAAGGAAGCUUAAUCCACCACAAGAACCACGACAUGCCCUUCAAUCUAUACAUUCUCUUCGUUGGACCUCCGUCAACUGGCAAGUCUCAGGCACUCAAACAAGCUGCUACCCUACCAAUGUCAACCAUCAUCGACAACUACGACAUCACCAAUUUCCUGCUUGACAAAUGUACAUCAUCGGGACUUGCAAAAACAGUCGCGGAAAACAAGGAAGGUUACAUUGUCUCGCCAGAGAUCUUUGACCUACUGAACAAACUUUUAAAGUCCGAUGACGAGAAUGCCACUGGUGAUGCGCAACUAUUGUGCGAAUUGUUCUCGGGAGAACGUGUUACAUAUCGAUUCGCUACAGAACGAGUACGCGAAAUCGAUGCAAAUGUACCAUUCAGCAUGGUUGGAGCCACACAAGUGCCUUUUGCAGCUCGACUUAUCGCAAGACUUGACCAGGGACAUGGCCUACUUGACAGAUUCAUGAUGAUGUUCCCUCCCUGCUACCGCCCAACAGUCGAAGAAACAGACAGAGCAAUUCAGUGGCUUAACGAACAAAACAUUGAAUCAUUGACGGACAUAUUCCUUGAAAUGGCAGAAAAUUUGAGAAAGGUAAACUACAAAUUUACCGACGACGCCCAAGCGCUCCUUCAACAGUUAAGCACUCAAGAAAUUGAAGACAUCAACCAGGCACUCAAAGACGGCGAUCCUGUCCCAAAGUGCAAGAAAUGCGAUUUAGUCAAACGAAUUGCAGGUUGUCUACAUAUAUUCAACAAUAUCGCGACUAAUUUGCUAGAUGGCCAAAAGCCCCCAACAACACCUCAGAGAAUUACCAAGUCAUCGGUAGAGGCUGCAAUUACAAUUCUCAACUACUGCAAUACACAAAAACAAAUUGCCACAGAGUUCAUUAACAACAUCGUUAGUGAGUGCGUGGAAAACGAGGCAAGACAGCCAUCAAAGGAUGUCUUCAAAGCGGCACUGCUCAAUUUCCCCGGACCAAUCGUACUUUGCCGAUCCUUCAAGCAGUACGGCCCACGUGCUCUUCGUUCAAUUUCUGACCACGAAUUCAAGAACAUAGCAUCACAAAUGAAUGCAUAUGGAAAGAUCGUGACCGUUCGGGUUCCAAGAUCAACAAGGCCAACGCUUGUAUUUGUCAAGAAAGAACCCCAAGCCAUCGACUGGGAUGUUGCAAACCAGAUAUGCGACCGUGAAACGUACCUUACAAAAUUCACCUUGCCCAUUCAUAAUUCGGUGUCUCAAGGUAUCAAAACCCAACUCACCGCAGAAGGACAUAUCAAUGUAGAACUUUGAGAACACUGAUGAAUUAUACCUUAGCGAUUUUAUAAAGUUGCAUUUAUAUUCUUAUCACUAUGCGUUGAAUUAGUCACAUAACAGUCUCGUGCCUUAUAAUCUUCAAGCUAUUUUUGUUAUUCUACAGCACAGAAAUAUAUAUGCUCAACGCAAUACUAUAGAUUAUUCAUCAUUAAUUCAACUUAUAAUUAAAUAAAGCAUCUUUUCCUUUUAACUUAUUGCACUUCUUCUUGACACCUUUGCCAAAUUCUGACUCCUUAGCCGCUAAAACACAGGGAGACCGGUAGUUCACUUCUGACUGC